AAACAGGUGAUGCUAUCUGUUUCGAAAUGUUUUGAUUACAUUAUGUGUGUAGUAAAUUUUAAUAUAGCUUAAAUUAUAACAGAAUGUCACUUAACGAACCGAAAAGACCAUAAACUUCUCAUUUAAUCAUUGUACUAACCUCUGGUUAGAUUUUGUAAAGGUCAUUGGAAUAUGCAUGUACAAAAUAUUAAAGGUUAAAAAUCCAUUCACAUGUAUAAUGUUUACUAAUUCAUCAGUUCAUGAAAGAAUUUUGAGCUCCAAUCUGAAAAUGACAUGGUAAGAGUGUUUUAACAUUAAGUUUGAGUGUCACUGUAUACAAAUAACGCCUGUUGUUAGAGGACUAAUCUGAUAAAAAAGUAAUAAGCAUUUCAUUAUUUAUUUUAGGAAAAAAUCCAAGAUAAGUGACAACAUUCUUUCAUCUUGGCGCGGAUUCUUAAUUUGAGAUGACAGUUCAGCUAACUUUUGACAAUAACAUUUUGAAAUGCGUUAACUAAUAAAGAAAAGUGUCAAAAUAAAUUUACACGAAUAGAAUAAAAAUCAUAUUGUGCGAAAGACACGAAUAGAAGAGCCAUAUUGUGUGAAAGAAAGAAUGAAAACAAGCAACAGAUCGAUAUUUGAGGAACCACUUGAUCCAAAUGAAGGAAGCUCAUUGCUGUUUAUGGAGCUUUAUGACUUGGUGGUCAUAUAAAUGAAUAGCGAGAUUUCAACCUUAACUAUGAAGUGGAUAUUGAAAACUUCAACCAUCCGUAAAAAGAAACAUGUAAACAGAAACAUGUUUACAUGUAUAAAAGCUAAGUGUUUGCAAUCAAAGAGAUUAACCUUUAGUUCGAGUUUCGAUGUGACGUGACAAAUCUACGACACUUUAUAUCGGCAAAGUAAAGAUGUAAAGUCACCCUCGAGAAUUUAAACAAUUGUUUUCUGCUUUGCUAAUUAGAAUACAUCUAUCUUAAGUUUGUCCCAUCAAUCUGGUUGACUCGAUAAGUAUUCCAAUACUUCCGUCAAUAUCCUAUUGCUUGUGUUGUUACGUCUGUGUGUAUGUUUAAUGAUUGUAUCUUGUGUAACAUUUGCAAUAAAAUAUUCUUAAACUAAUCUGGUUAAGAUCAUUUUCAGAUUUAUAACAUGCGUAAUGAUGUCUAAAAUAUAUUUUUAUAUUACUGUAGCUCCAUAUCAUUCUAUGGACACCUUUUUUAUUUAGGAUAUUAGUAUGUUUUUUAAUUGUAUCGUGUAUUUUUGCGUUCUUAAUGUUAAAUGAUUUGGCGUUGCUUUCUAGCAGAUAUUCAAUCUGGCGGCGUUUCAUUAAUGUGGUUUUUAUGAGGGGACAACUAGGCUUUUCAGGUUAGUACAUGUGAAAAAAUGGUAGUGUUUUCCUGAUCAGAUAUCCAUAGUGACAAUUCGGUGAGUGCACAUAUUGUUUUCUUUCAUUGGCCAUUCUACCAGAGUUGUGAAUCUCCGCCCAUAUAUCCUCACAUCCACAAUCGCCUGCAAUCGUUUAUUUAGUGUCUAAGGUUUUACCAGAGCUACCGGCAGCAGUUAAUUACUAUAGUGCAUAUAUUAAAAGUUGAGACUGGACUUCAUUAUUGUUGUAUCAUACGUAUUUUUAUAACUUCAAGCUUCAUACGCGUAUUUCAACAAUUUGAAAAUAAAAUAUAGAUAUAUUCUUACAUCGGCGAUUACAUUUACAUUUCUGAACGAAACAUUUAACAGUGAGUAUAAAUUAUCUUAGUUAGACCAUUUCCUGUGCAAUGAUUAUAGCUUCUAUUCAAAAUUCUAUAGAAAAUUUGUUGUUUUUAUAAGUUUGAUAAGGAGAGUAACAGCGUUAAAAUAUUUUUUUCUGAUGUAAAUGCACGUGUCAGCACUGCAUUUAACGCACACUCAAAGUCUUGAAUGCGGGCAUCCUUCCGCAGGUUUUUCGCAUGCAUGAGCAUCAGAAAAAGCAAAUCCUUUAAUCUUAUCACAGGCUGAUGUUUUUUGUGUUUUACUCUUAUUUCACACCAUCACCAACAAGGUAAAGCAUUAUUCCUUUAAUAAUGGGCAAUAAAAUCAAAAUAAUAUCGAGUAUAGAAACGAUUUAAAAGAGUUGGCAAUAAUUUAAAUUAUAUAUCAAUGUGUAGACUAGACAUGCAAGAAACAUAACAAAGGAAUAUAUUAAAGUAAGAGAAUUUAUAGCUCUUUUUUAUUUUUCAGCAAUCUGUAUCAACUAUCUCAAUAAAAUCAACGCUUCGAUAUGAUUUUCACGAUAUACUUUGGAAUUUCUGCAGUGUUUACUGCAUCUCUCCAAGAGCCCAAUUCUCAUCCAGACAACGAUGUUAUGCGCAUGUCAGAAGAGUCCAUUCCACCAGAGUUAACACGUGCACCUCCUUUUGUUGGUUUUUCAACAUCUACAGAGAUUUCUCGAAAACCGUACGUUCCAUCAGAGCAUGACAAUGUCGUUCCAUUGACUAAACAAGAGAACUUUACCUCUACCCAACUUUACGACAUGCAGACAAUGACAACAACAGCAGCUUCUUACAACUUAUCUGGCGCAACCGCUUUUCUUCCUGAUACUUUAAGAAAACUUAAUUCAUUUACAUUCAACAUUCAGGCGCCAAUUGAAACAAUGAGAACGUUUUGCCCGCGCACUAGCACUUGUCAGUUGGGGACGUUGGCAGAAAUGCACGAGAACAUUGGCGAAUAUUGUUGCCUACCUUGUGAUUGUUCAGAUAGAUGUUUCGAUGCUGGAAACUGUUGCUUUGACAAAACGAAUGGUUCUCAACAACGUCAGUUAAAUGAUUCUGUAUCAGAUAUAAGAGAAACUUGUGUCAAGACUUUCCUGACUGGGAGUUAUUACGGUAACAUUUACAUGAACUCGAGUUUCCUACUCUUUCAGACAUGCGUAGAUAUUGGAGACGAACAGACGACAAUGAAAUGUUUGCAGCCAAAUGUCUGAGAUGUCCCCGGUCUUUAGUCACAAUACAGACAGACAUUAUAGAAAUAUCUAUUGUGCCCAGUGCAACAAUGACUCUUGGAAUGUCACAGGGUGGCAAACUCGUUUACAAUGCAAAAACGAAUCUGUUACUGUUCCGGAAUUCAAAAUAUCACAUGACUUUUCACCAAGUUUAAUGAUCGCAAUGAAUCCCAACUGUGUGAUGUUAUGGAGACCAUCGAUAACCGAGAAGAAAGUGGCUCAUUGCUUAACUAACUCUGACAUCGUGUCAGAAUGUAACAAGCCGGGACUGGACAGUCUGUGUCAGAAGUACUACUUUCCCGUAAAGGGAGGAAACAAGAUAUUCCGAAAUAUUUUUUGUAUGGAAUGUCUGUUUCCCACGAAUCUUACAGGGAAAUAUCCGUUUUGUGAUCGAUUGGGAAAUGAUAUCUUGAAUAUGAAUUUCAUCUUAAUUAUGUCGAUGGAUGGAUACCCAAACGAAAUAUCUCAGCUUGUCACUGCCGUGAAGAAAUGUUCAUCAGGCAGGAAGUACAAUAAAGAACUGGAUGCUUGUAUUCACCACACCUGUCCAGUCACAGAAGUCAAUGCCAUUGACGGUUGCAUACCUUUGUUUUCAGAAAUAAGUGGUUUUAACAUGGAUUACAGGCUAAAGGUUUUACACCCAAAGCAAACUCAGUUGCUGUUGGAGUUACUUCUACCACAAGUUGAAGAUACUUUAUAUGCCAUUGAUGCAAAUGGCGAAAUUUUGAAGUCUGAAAUUUCUGGAAUGAAGACGGAGAUUGAUUUUGUUGAAGUCAAUGUUAAAAUUGUUAAACACGUGAACAUUCGCACAAAUAUAAAAAAACUUAUAUUUUGCACUUGAAAGUAAUAUUACAGCAUAUAAUGAAAAAAUAAAGAACGAUAACAGUUCGUUCAAACUACAAAUUGAUACAACAGAGUUUGAACCUAUGCCCGUUGGUUACGCAUCUUUUGCCAAAUUCACCGACCUUGGAUCGACAAAAUACCGAAACAAAAUUGCAUUGUCCAACAUGCAGUUCUGUGACACCAUUACUUUUCUUGAGAACGAGUUCGUGAUGUAUGACAAUGGAAAUGUCACAGUGGGUGACGUUAUGUUCGUUCCAGGCGAGUUCAUCCUUAGGCAAAUGGCUUAUGGAACUAUAAAAUCCGUACAAAUAUGUUCGGAUCAUUACGUCUCCAGACACGCUGAAGUCACAAACCAAAAGUUUUCAUCAGCAGCAGCCGUUUUUGCUAAAAGAAAUAGCGGGCUUGUGUUCUUUUUGUCUGUACUGGCUUCACAUGCUUCAAAGUUAUUUAUGUAGAAAUGAUACGAGUAUAGAUGUUGUGUUUUAGUUCACCAUA